GUACAAUCAGGUGAUAAACUGACAAGUGACAUUAGAUGACAUUUAUGUCCACCAGCUGCUCGAUUCCACCUAAAAUAAAACGUAUUUCCUUGCUCCAUCAAAACCUACCAGUCGAUCCACAUCAAUUCUAAAGUACUUCUACGUCGUCCACGUCCACCCAUCGCCUCCAAUGUGCAUCAAUAGCUGUUUGCUCAGCAUAAAUUACAUAAGUGUCGGGUAACUACAUCCAAACAAAACCAAACCUAAUCAACAACAUAAAAUGGAGAAGCCAGAGGGACAAGACAUCCAACCGCUGGUGAAGAUCGGCCACUACACCUUGGGCAAAACCCUCGGUGUAGGAACAUUCGGCAAGGUAAAAAUCGGCGAGCAUCAGCUCACAAAGCACAAAGUCGCGGUGAAAAUCCUCAACCGUCAACGCAUCAAGAGUCUUGAUGUCGUGGGCAAAAUUCGUCGCGAAAUUCAGAAUCUGAAACUGUUUCGACAUCCGCACAUUAUUAAACUCUACCAGGUCAUCAGUACUCCUACUGACAUCUUCAUGAUCAUGGAGUAUGUGUCAGGAGGAGAAUUGUUUGAAUACAUUGUCAAUAAUGGUAAACUUCAAGAGCAUGAAGCCAGGAGAUUCUUUCAACAGAUUAUUUCUGGUGUGGACUAUUGUCAUAGACAUAUGAUAGUGCACAGGGAUCUGAAACCAGAGAAUUUGUUGUUGGAUCAUAAUAUGCAUGUGAAAAUUGCGGAUUUUGGCUUGAGCAACAUGAUGAUGGAUGGGGAAUUCUUGAGAACCAGUUGUGGAUCACCAAAUUAUGCAGCUCCAGAGGUUAUUUCUGGAAAAUUAUACGCUGGCCCAGAAGUAGAUAUUUGGUCAUGUGGUGUCAUUCUUUAUGCCUUAUUAUGUGGAACAUUGCCAUUUGACGAUGAUGCAGUGUCAACUUUAUUCAAGAAAAUCAAAUCCGGCAUUUUCCCGAUUCCUGAGUAUCUCAACAAGAGUGUGGUUAGUCUCCUCUGCCACAUGUUGCAAACAGAUCCAAUGAAACGCGCCACUAUCGACGACAUAAAGAAACACGAAUGGUUCCAAAAGGAUUGCCCAGCAUAUCUAUUUCCUUCUCCAGUCGAACAGGAUUCUUCUGUUAUUGACACUGAUGCUGUUUAUGAGGUUUGUGAUAAAUUCGGCGUAAAAGACAAUGAGGUACACACGGCUUUAUUGAGCGGUGAUGCGCAUGAUCAGCUUGCGAUUGCGUAUCAUUUGAUUAUUGAUAAUAAGCGCAUUGCGGAUGAGGCGGCGAAAGCUGAGUUGAAAGAGUUUUUCGUCGCUGGGAGUCCGCCGCCCGUGGUGAAUAUGAGUCCUAGCCCGGCUGAUUUUGGUACCAGUCCAUUGAAACCGCAUCCGGAACGUAUUGCACCACUGCGCGAUCGUGUUAUUGCCUCGAAUCAUGCCGCGUCUGGUGAACGUGGUACACCGGUGAAGCGCGCCAAGUGGCAUCUUGGUAUUCGCUCUCAAAGUCGGCCGAAUGAUAUUAUGAUGGAGGUUUAUCGCGCUAUGAAAGCGCUGGGUUACGAAUGGAAAGUCAUCAAUCCGUAUCAUGUUCGUGUUCGUGAACGCAGCAAGAUGCACGACAAAUUCGUCAAAAUGUCCCUGCAACUCUAUCAAGUGGACUACAAAAGCUAUUUGUUAGAUUUUAAGAGUUUGUCGAAUGAUGAAAGCUCGGAGAACACCGGUGCUGCCUUAAUGGGCACAUCGGUGCCUACACCGAUUAUUUCCGCUGGAAAUCUAACGCCUAACUCGGCCGUGGGUCACCACACUAUGGAAUUCUUCGAGAUGUGCGCUGCGCUGAUCAUUCAACUCGCGCGUUAAUUUUUUGUGUUUUAUAUUUGCUACUUAGUAGACGCGAUAACAAAAGGUACAAACACGCUUGAGUAUCAAUUAAUUCAAGGAUUCGGGGCGCUGUUUAUUCUAGAUUUGGAUUGGAUUGAAAAUGCAGCGCUGCUCAGCGCGCUGUGUGGAAAUAGAAAGGUCUAGCAGUCUAGAAUUAUAAAGGAAACUUAUAUUAUAAUAUGAUUAUCAAAACACACAAAUGGUGUCAUAAAACCGUGAUAACUUUAAA